AUGCAUCCAGGCCGCAUCCUGGACAAUCUCAUCAACAUCCCUGUGAAGCUCAGCACGAUCACGAGUAGUAAUUCCGUCGAUAUCCUCAAUGUCAGACCAGGUCUUGGGAUUCAACUUGCCAUGAUAUAUGGGAUCUCGCCAGUCGGCGACUAUGCCAGAGCCACUGAGGUGUAUGAGCAAGGAGACUUCCUCGCGCUUCAGGACGCCAUCGAUGAUGGCUUUGAUGCUGGGUUCGUGUGGUCAGAGUUGCCAUCGUCUUCCGGGCAAGCCGCGUUUCGAGCUCAGACUUCAAAUGUGCUGGCAUACGCCAAGCUCAUCCCCAAGUUCAAUCCCAGCCUGCAAGGCGCCGCCUGUCGCAGACCUACCAUCCACGUGCAGAUCCAGGACACUGCCAGCCGCCAAGUCUGGAUGUCGUAG